GAGGGCCGGUGCGCACAGGGGAGCUUCCUCGCGAGGGCGCCAGGGGGCUUGCGGUUGCCACCGCCGCGCAGGUUCCUCUUCACCUACGCGGCGGUGUUCUACUUGCUGGGCUACGAGCUGCUUUGGGCCACUGCCGCAGGCGGAGAGGCCACCGGCGCGAAGAUAACGGCGUCCAGGACGGAGGAGUCGGAGUCGGUGGCGCCCCAGAGGGCUCUCGAUCUGGCUUUCAUCUGCCUGCGGGAGGCGCUGCAGCGGCCGGGUGCGGCCCCCGUUGCCGCUGGCCCGCCCGGCGCGCCCGCCCAGCUUUCGGCGGCCAGGCCGAGGCUCGCCGCCCGGACCGAUCCCAAGCGACCCGCCAAGGUUGCAAAGGUGCGGACGGCGCGCGAGCUCCUUCAGCUCAAACCGGGCGCCGACCGGUCGGCCAUGGAACGCCAGUUCCGGCGGUUGGCCACGCCGCACCGCCCGGACAGGGCGCGCCAUCGCCCAUUGUCCGCAUCGGACCGCGCGGACGCCUCUCCCCUCUGGCCCAGGUUCUGCGACGCGAAGUCGCUCCUGCUUGGCGCCAUCGGCCAGCUCGUCCAGCGGAAACGGUUCGCGCUGAGCGCCCCCGUCGUGCGCGCGCUGCUCGUGCGCCCGCGCGCCCGGCUCGGCAGCACCUCGAAGUGGCGCGACGCGCCGCUUGCGCCGGGGGACGGCGCCCGCGUUCCGCACACUUUUUCCGACCGCGCCCCGCGACGCCAGUCGGACUCGCAGGACGCGCCGCCAGUGGCGUCGCCGCGGGGCUCUCGCCGCGCACCGCCGCCGCGGGGCGCUCGCGCGAGCACCCGCUCGGCUGGCCCAGCCGCCCGCGUCGCGGCCGCUCCGCCGCCGCGCGGCUCCGGCAGCGACCCCGCUUGCGACCUCGCUUCCGGAGCUCGCGACCCGCCCGCGGUCACCGGCUCGGCGAGCUCCGGGAGCUUGCCGGUUAUGCUGGGAACAAGCGAAGAGACUGGCGAGGGCGCGGGAGAGCUGGCGAAGCGAAUGCAGACGCUCUUAGCCGAGCUCGAGCGGCGCAAGGAUGCGAUGCGCAUCGCCCGCUCUCGUCUUGCUGAUUGCGUCAGAGAGGCCGCCUCCGCUGGAUUCCCUGAGGCGGCGGCGUGCUCGCCCUCGCCUGUGGCAGCGCCAACUGCCCUCGCGGAGGUGGACAGCGCCGCCGAGGCGGAGGCCAGGGUUGGUACGGGCUUGCACAGCGAGGCUGAGCCGGCGCGGCAUCGCGACGAGAGUGCCACCCUUGCCUGGGCGCCAGGGGGCUUGCGGUUGCCACCGCCGCGCAGGUUCCUCUUCACCUACGCGGCGGUGUUCUACUUGCUGGGCUACGAGCUGCUUUGGGCCACUGCCGCAGGCAGCUUUGCCCUCGCUUUCGGGACUCCAGCUCCCUUCAGGGUUGGAGCCGCCGUCACAGACGCGUGCCGAGCGCACAGGGCCACCGCGGAGCAGUCCCAGAGCCGCCUCGCCGACUCGCGCCAGCUUCCGGCGCCCCAGAGGGCUCUCGAUCUGGCUUUCAUCUGCCAGCGGGAGGCGCUGCAGCGGCCGGGUGCGGCCCCCGUUGCCGCUGGCCCGCCCGGCGCGCCCGCCCAGCUUUCGGCGGCCAGGCCGAGGCUCGCCGCCCGGACCGAUCCCAAGCGACCCGCCAAGGUUGCAAAGGUGCGGACGGCGCGCGAGCUCCUUCAGCUCAAACCGGGUGCCGACCGGUCGGCCAUGGAACGCCAGUUCCGGCGGUUGGCCACGCCGCACCGCCCGGACAGGGCGCGCCAUCGCCCAUUGUCCGCAUCGGACCGCGCGGACGCCUCUCCCCUCUGGUCCAGGUUCUGCGACGCGAAGUCGCUCCUGCUUGGCGCGCCCGGUGCCCCCUCCAGCAGCGCCCGGCUCGGCAGCACCUCGAAGUGGCGCGACGCGCCGCUUGCGCCGGGGGACGGCGCCCGCGUUCCGCAUACUUUUUCCGACCGCGCCCCGCGACGCCAGUCGGACUCGCAGGACGCGCCGCCAGUGGCGUCGCCGCGGGGCUCUCGCCGCGCACCGCCGCCGCGGGGCGCUCGCGCGAGCACCCGCUCGGCUGGCCCAGCCGCCCGCUUCGCGGCCGCUCCGCCGCCGCGCGGCUCCGGCAGCGACCCCGCUUGCGACCUCGCUUCCGGAGCUCGCGACCCGCCCACGGUCACCGGCUCGGCGAGCUCCGGGAGCUUGCCGGUUGGCGCAUUCUCGGCGCGGGGCGCCAGGUCUCUUGGCCCCGCGGCCGCGCCUCGCGCCGCACUUCUGUCGGUGGACUCGCCCGUUGAUAGCGCGGAUCUCCCCCAACCUAGCGGAGCCGCGCACGAGAAGGGCUCAGACGCGUUGGUUAUGCUGGGAACAGGCGAAGAGACUGGCGAGAGCGCGGGAGAGCUGGCGAAGCGAAUGCAGACGCUCUUAGCCGAGCUCGAGCGGCGCAAGGAUGCGAUGCGCAUCGCCCGCUCUCGUCUUGCUGAUUGCGUCAGAGAGGCCGCCUCCGCUGGAUUCCCUGAGGCGGCGGCGUACUCGCCCUCGCCUGUGGCAGCGCCAACUGCCCUCGCGGAGGUGGACAGCGCCGCCGAGGCGGAGGCCAGGGUUGGUACGGGCUUGCACAGCGAGGCAGGCCUGCGGCGCUGCUACGGCCACCUGGCCGUCCAGAUGGCCUCGUUGGACGAG